AUGGCUCUCAAUUUUCAGUAUAUUGAUCGUUUCACUGAAUAUAUUUCCAAACUUUUAAGAGAAGAAACGGAGGACGUAACAAGCAUGAUCGUGGCCAUGUUAAGUUUAAUCGAUACUCCGAUUGUGGAUAAGGUUAUCAAGCGAUUUCUUGUGAGGAACAUAGUUGACCAAGCUGCAGUUAGAGAUGAUCAAGAAGCUUGUGCUUUUGAACAAUACACUCUUCCAAAACUGUACCUGAAGAUGCAGUACUAUGUUUCUUGUGCAAUUCCCUAG